UCAACAAUGACCAUAUGUUUAAAAAAUAUGUCGAUCAUAACCCUCUGUGCGUUGUUAAUUGUGAACUUGAAUGGAGUAUUCCUGACACAAAAUGGAUUUCGAGAGAAUAACUUUUUCAACGUGGAUCCAGAAGUUUUCAUGAAUUCUACCCAGCUGAUAACUAGUAAAGGAUAUCCAUGCGAGAACCACUAUGUUGAAACCAAAGAUGGAUUCAUUCUCAACAUGCAAAGAAUACCACAUGGUCGUACAGGAACAAACCAAAAAGGUGAAAAACCUGUGGUGAUGUUACAACACGGGCUCCUGGGCAGCUCCAGUAACUUUCUAGAUAACCCAGCAAGUGAGAGUCUUGCAUACAUCCUCGCCGACGCUGGCGUGGACGUCUGGCUGGGCAACGUGCGCGGGAACGUGUAUUCAAGAGCCCACAAACACCUGAAACCAUCAGACGAGAAGUUCUGGGAAUGGAGCUAUGACGAGAUGGCGAAAUACGACCUCCCAGCAAUGGUGGACCGCAUUCUGUCGGUUACCGGGAAACGACAAAUAUACUACGUGGGGCACUCCCAGGGAACCAUGAUCGGAUUUUCUGGAUUCAGUCAAAACAAACAACUUGGAUCCAAAAUCAAACUCUUUAUUGCCCUGGCCCCCGUCGCUACCGUCGGGCAUAUUGAAAGUCCCGUUAAAUAUUUAGCACCCUAUGCUAAAUAUCUCGACUUGUUUGCCGAUUUAUUUGGGAAAUACGAGUUUCUGCCGCAUACCGACAUCUCGACUUUCCUGGGAUCCAAAUUAUGCGACAAAAUUGGACUUGACGUGGUGUGUGAAAACAUAUUCUUUAUAAUUGGAGGAUUUAACAAGAAAGCCAUGAAUGUGAGCCGUGUUCAAGUGUAUGCAGCCCACAAUCCUGCAGGAACGUCGGUUCAGAACAUGGAACAUUUUGCACAGGGUGUGAACCACGACAAGUUUCAGAUGUACGACUAUGGAACUCAGGAUGCCAACAUGGCGCACUAUGGUCAGGUGACCCCGCCUCAGUAUCACGUGGCUGAGAUGGAGACGCCAGUAGUUCUGUUCAGCGGUUCUCACGACUUUCUGGCUGACCCCACUGACGUCAACUGGUUGGCACCACAACUCAAGAACAUGCGCGCGCAUCACGUGAUUCCAGAGUGGGAACACUUGGAUUUCAUUUUCGCCACAGAUGCCCCACAGAAGUGUUAUAAUAAAAUAAAAAGUUUAAUUUUGUCAUAAGUAAACAUAAUUAACAUUUAAAAAAUAA